UUAGCUGUCAUGCCCUACCCAAAUCUAACCCAUACAUUACACCCAUCUUAUAAAAACUCACUUCCACCAAAAUACACCAAAACACCCUCCCAUUUUUCCACCCCUCUAAUAUUGUACACUUCCCCUAACUAGCUCCAUUCCAUGGGUUCCUUUGAACUCCAACCCACUAUCCAACCCGACCCGGAAAAAUCCAAACCCGAUAUCGACGAAGACGAUAUCUCCCCGAUCGAGGAGGUCCGAUUAACCGUCACGAAUACCGACGACCCGACCCUACCCGUAUGGACCUUUCGGAUGUGGUUUUUGGGCCUAGUUUCUUGUGGUAUGCUCUCAUUUCUUAACCAAUUUUUUUCUUAUAGGACUGAACCCCUCAUUAUAACCCAAAUAACAGUUCAAGUAGCCACACUACCCCUUGGUCAUUUCUUGGCUCGUAUCCUACCCGAGACCAAGUUCCGGAUCCCCGGGUUCGGACCACGAACCUUCUCACUUAACCCGGGCCCGUUUAACGUGAAAGAGCAUGUUUUGAUUACCAUUUUUGCAAAUGCUGGAAGUGCUUUUGGAAAUGGAUCAGCUUAUGCUGUUGGUAUUGUUAAUAUUAUUAAGGCGUUUUAUAAACGAAAUAUCUCCUUCUUGGCUGCUUGGAUCCUCAUUAUCACUACUCAGGUAUUAGGAUACGGGUGGGCUGGUUUAAUGAGGAAGUAUGUUGUGGAGCCGGCCCAUAUGUGGUGGCCCAACACUCUUGUCCAAGUCUCUCUCUUCAGGGCCUUGCAUGAGAAGGAUGACAAAGAAGAAAAACGGACAUCAAGAGCAAAGUUCUUCCUAAUUGCAUUAAUGUGCAGCUUCUUGUGGUAUGCAGUCCCAGGUUACUUGUUCUCAACUCUCACAAGUAUAUCAUGGGUCUGCUGGGUAUUCUCCCGAUCAGUGACAGCCCAACAACUAGGCUCAGGCAUGAGAGGCCUUGGUCUUGGAGCCAUAACACUAGACUGGUCUGCUGUAGCAUCGUUUUUACUAAGCCCCCUCAUAACCCCAUUUUUUGCCAUUGCUAAUGUAUGCGUAGGUUAUGUUCUGAUAAUAUACAUCUUCAUUCCCAUAGCAUAUUGGGGACUAGACUUGUACAGUGCUCGCAAGUUUCCCAUCUUCUCCUCACAUUUAUUCACGGCUCAAGGUCAAAUUUAUAACAUUUCAGCAAUAGUCAAUGACAAGUUUGAACUAGAUAUAGCACAAUACGAGAAGCAAGGACAGAUCCACAUGAGCACCUUCUUUGCUCUUACUUAUGGCUUUGGAUUUGCUACAAUAGCUUCUACUCUUACUCACGUUGGCUUCUUCUAUGGAAGGGAGAUCUAUGAAAGGUUUCGUGCAUCAUACACAAGCAAAGACGAUAUCCACACCAAACUGAUGAAGAAGUAUAAAGACAUACCAGCAUGGUGGUUUUACCUUCUUCUUGGAUUGACAAUAACAAUUUCUUUUCUGCUCUCCAUCUUCUUAAAAGAAGAAGUUCAAAUUCCUUGGUGGGCUCUCCUCUUUGCUUGCGGCAUGGCAUUUGUUUUCACUCUUCCUAUCAGCAUUAUAACAGCCACAACAAACCAGACGCCAGGAUUGAACAUAAUAACAGAAUACAUUAUGGGCCUCAUAUUGCCAGGAAAGCCAAUUGCAAAUGUAUGCUUCAAAGUGUAUGGUUACAUGAGCAUGUCACAAGCAGUUUCUUUCCUCAGCGAUUUCAAGCUCGGGCACUACAUGAAGAUUCCACCGAGAUCAAUGUUUUUGGUUCAGUUCAUCGGAACCAUUUUUGCUGGAACCAUCAACAUUGCAGUAGCAUGGUGGUUGCUCAACUCAAUUCACAAUAUAUGCGAGGAUAAUCUGCUUCCAGCUGACAGUCCUUGGACUUGUCCUGGUGACCGUGUAUUUUUUGAUGCCUCUGUUAUAUGGGGAUUGGUUGGUCCUAAGAGAAUAUUUGGAGAUCUUGGAACUUACAAAGCCAUGAACUGGUUCUUCAUAGGAGGGGCAAUAGGGCCAAUUAUAGUUUGGCUCUUUCACAAGGCAUUCCCUAAGAAAUCAUGGAUUCCAUUGAUUAAUCUGCCUGUACUUCUGGGGGCUACAGCCUAUAUGCCACCAGCAACAACUGUAAAUUACAACGCGUGGAUUAUAGUUGGAACGAUUUUCAACUUGUUUGUUUUCCGUUACCGAAAGCAAUGGUGGCAAAGGUACAAUUACAUACUUUCAGCAGCUCUGGAUGCUGGGGUUGCCUUCAUGGGAGUGCUGCUGUAUUUCUCACUAGGUGUAGAGGAUAAAAGCUUGACCUGGUGGGGUACAAAUGGCGAGCACUGCAAUCUAGCCAGCUGUCCAACAGCCAAGGGCAUUGCGGUUGAUGGAUGCCCUAUCCACUAGUUUCUGUAUAAGUAUACACUCUCCCAUACAACUUAUGAUCGAUAGAAUCUAGUUUAUUUAUUUAGUGUAAAAUUGUAAAAACUUUCCAAAAAUCUGGAGAAAAAACCAAGUGUAAUAUCUACAUUCACAUCCCGAUUUUAGGCAUUAGCAACAGUUUAGUUUUUA